UGAUGCACCCAAAUAGCUAGCUAGCUACCCUCUCACUCUAAAUAUAUAAACCCACACACAAAAGUAGUGCUUCUUUCUUUCUAAUUCUUCUCUUGCUUUCAUUAACUUAUAAUUAUUGCACUCUCUACUGUACCGUGUAUAUAUCCUUCCAACAUUUUUAGUUUAUUGUUUAAUUUUAUAUCACACAGUAUAUAUAUACACUACAUUAUUAUUAUUACUCAUUAUUCAACAUUCCAAGUCUUCUUCACGUUCGAUAGAUGCUAUUAUCUGAUUAACAACAAUGGCUUGUCUCUCGCUGCAACUGCUGCUUUUGUGUUUCACCACUCUCACAAUUCAUGCGACAAAGGUGACAUGUGCAGAACCCUACCAUCACCGUAGCACCCUUAGAACAUUGUCUUCUUCUUCUUCUACCAAGUCCUCCUCCAAUCAUCGUCGGAACCACACUUGGGUGGGACCAACAGGUCAGCGCGUAAUCACCGUUGACGUCAACGGCGGUGGACAGUUCCGGUCGGUGCAAGCUGCGGUGAAUGCCGUUCCAGACAACAAUAGAAUGAACGUACUGAUCCAAAUCAGCCCGGGAUCCUACAUAGAGAAGGUUGUUGUGCCCGUGACGAAGCCGUACAUAACGUUUGAGGGAGCGGGAAAAGAAGUGACGGUGAUAGAAUGGCAUGAUAGGGCCAGCGACCCUGGUCCCAACGGACAGCAACUGCGUACUUACAGAACUGCUUCUGUCACUGUUUUCGCCAACUAUUUCUCUGCUCGCAAUAUCAGCUUCAAGAACACAGCGCCAGCACCAAUGCCGGGGAUGCAUGGCUGGCAAGCGGCGGCGUUUCGAAUAUCCGGUGACAAAGCAUACUUCUCAGGCUGUGGAUUCUACGGAGCACAAGACACUCUUUGCGACGACGCUGGCAGGCAUUACUUCAAGGACUGCUAUAUCGAGGGUUCAAUUGAUUUCAUAUUUGGGAAUGGCAGAUCCAUGUACAAGGAUUGCCAGCUACACUCAAUAGCAACGAGAUUUGGUUCCAUAGCAGCCCAUGAUAGGAAAGAGGCAGAGGAGAAGACGGGCUUUGCAUUCGUGAGAUGCAGGGUGACGGGCACAGGCCCGCUCUAUGUGGGCAGAGCCAUGGGCCAGUACUCCAGAAUUGUCUACUCUUACACUUACUUCGAUGACAUUGUUGCUCAUGGCGGCUGGGAUGAUUGGGACCAUGCCAACAAUAAGAACAAGACUGUGUUCUUUGGAGUGUACAAGUGUUGGGGGCCAGGAGCAGAGGCAGUACGUGGGGUAUCAUGGGCCAAAGAGUUAGAUUUCGAAUCUGCCCACCCAUUUCUCGUCAAGAGCUUUGUCAAUGGCAGACACUGGAUUGCACCUUCUGAUGCCUAGCUAUAUUCAACCCAAUUGUUGGAGGGAAGAAAGACACUGCAUCGAAGUAUUGAAGGAUAAUUCAUUCAUUUGUUCUCUAUUGCAGAGGAACCAUCGUCAAUGUAUUGUAUUGAUUAUUCUUUCUUUCUUGCU